GAGCCGUGCCGUGCCGAGCCGUGCCGUGCCGUGCCGUGCCGAGCCGUGCCGUGCCGUGCCGAGCCGUGCCGAGCCGUGCCGAGCCGUGCCGAGCCGUGCCGAGCCGUGCCGUGCCGAGCCGUGCCGUGCCGAGCCGUGCCGAGCCGUGCCGUGCCGUGCAGUGCCGUGCCGUGCCGAGCCGUGCCGUGCCGUGCCGAGCCGUGCCGUGCCGAGCCGUGCCGAGCCGAGCCGAGCCGUGCCGUGCCCGGCCAUGGCGCGCCCGCUGCCGCUGCUGCUGCUGGCGCUCGGGCUCGCCGCCGCCGCCAAGUCCCCGUACCAGCAGGUCCUGCAGCACAGCCGGCUCCGCGGCCGGCAGCACGGCCCCAACGUGUGCGCGGUGCAGAAGCUGAUCGGCACCAACAGGAAAUAUUUCACCAACUGCAAGCAGUGGUACCAGAGGAAGAUCUGUGGGAAGUCCACAGUAAUCAGUUACGAGUGCUGUCCUGGAUAUGAAAAAGUUCCUGGAGAAAAAGGCUGCCCAGCUGCUCUGCCACUUUCCAACAUCUAUGAAACCCUGGGAGUGGUUGGCUCUUCCACCACACAGCUCUACUCCGACCGCUCCAACCUCAGGCCAGAAAUUGAAGGACCUGGAAGUUUUACAAUUUUUGCUCCCAGUAAUGAGGCCUGGGCAUCCUUGUCUGCUGAAACCCUGGAUUCCUUAGUGAGUAACGUUAACAUUGAGCUGCUCAACGCCCUCCGCUACCACAUGGUGGACAAGCGGGUCCUGACGGAUGACCUGAGGCACGGCACCACGCUGAACUCCAUGUACCAGAACCUGCCCAUCCAGAUCCACCACUACCCCAACGGGAUUGUGACUGUGAACUGUGCCAGGCUGCUCAAGGCUGACCACCAUGCCACCAACGGAGUGGUGCAUGUCAUCGACAAAGUCAUUGCCACCACCACCAACACCAUCCAGCAGAUCAUUGAGACUGAGGACAGCCUGGAGACCCUCCGGACUGCUGUGGCUGCAUCUGACCUCAGCAGCUUGCUGGAAAGCGAGGGCCAGUACACACUGCUGGCCCCCACCAAUGAAGCCUUUGAGAAGAUCCCACGAGAAACACUGAACAGGAUCCUGGGAGACCCAGAAGCCCUGAGGGACCUGCUGAACCAUCACAUCCUGAAGUCAGCCAUGUGUGCUGAGGCCAUCAUUGCUGGCCUGACCAUGGAGACUCUGGAAGGAACCACUUUGGAUGUGGGCUGCAGUGGGGAAGAGCUGACCCUCAACGGGAAGCCCAUCAUUGCCAACAAGGAUGUCCUGGCAACCAACGGCGUUGUACAUUUUGUUAAUGAGCUGCUGAUCCCAGACUCAGCUAAGACUGUGUUUGAGUUGGCACAAGAAUCUGAAGUUUCCAAGUCUACAGACCUUUUCAGACAAGCUGGUCUCAGUUCUCAUCUAACUGGCACUGAGCAAGUGACCCUCCUUGCCCCAGUGAAUAAUGUGUUCAAAGAUGGACUCCCUGUUAUUGACAGCAACAUGAGAAAUUUGCUUCUGAACCACAUCGUUAAAGAGCAGCUCUCCUCUAAAUAUCUGUAUCAUGGGCAGAAACUGCAGACUCUGGGGGACAAGGAGCUGAGAGUUUUUGUGUACCGCAAUAACCUUUGCAUUGAAAAUGCCUGCAUUGCUGCCCAUGACAAGAGGGGAAGGUUUGGGACCCUCUUCAGUGUGGACAAGAUGCUGACUCCCCCGACGGGCUCUGUGAUGGAUGUUCUCAAGGCAGACCAUCGCUUCAGCACGCUGGUGGCUGCAAUCCAAUCUGCAGGUCUGACAGAGAACCUGAACAGGCCGGGAACCUUCACGGUGUUCGCUCCCACCAACGAAGCUUUCCAAGGCAUGCCCCAGGGGGAGUUCAACAAACUGCUGGGUAAUGCCAAGGAGCUUGCCAACAUCCUCAAGUUCCACGUGGCCGACGAGAUCCUGGUGAGCGGCGCCGUCAACGCCCUGGUGAGGCUGAAAUCCAUGCAGGGAGACAAACUGGAAGUCAGCAUGAAAAACCAUGUAAUACAUGUCAACAAGGAGCCUGUUGCUGAAAGUGAUAUCAUGGCCACAAAUGGUGUCAUUUAUGCUGUGAAUUCCGUCUUACAGCCACAGGCUUCAAGGCCACAAGAAAGAGGUGAUGAGCCUGCAGAUCCCGCAUUAGAAAUCUUCAAACAGGCAUCUGCAUUAUCCAAGGUUUCUCAGAGGAAUCCUCGAUUAGCACCCGUGUACUCCCGGAUACUGGCGAGGAUGAAGGAGAACUCAGGGGGACUCUGAGCCCAUCGUCAGUGCCACAAGUCAGUGCCUCCAUCCCAUCCACUCCAGCUGACAGCUGAAGAGAAGGACAGAACCUUUUUUUAAAACCAAAUACCACCCUUAAAUUUAUUUUUGUUUGCAAUGAAACGGAUAGGCAAAAUGAAAAGCCAUAUAUAUGUAUAUAUUUUAAGACCGUUUUUAUUUGGUUUUGACUUUAAAGUUCCCAGACCAAGGAAAUGUUUUGGGGUGUUUGUUUUGUUUCAUUCUUGUUUUGUUUCUUUUUUUAAUAAAAUUAUUCACCAACUUUUAAUUUUAAACAUACCCUGUUUUGGGCUUGACAAGUACAUCCAAGGGCCUUUGAUUUUUUUAAUAAGCACAUCCUUCCUUCUUCCCUUGGAUUUUAAAAGUCUUCCAUGACAUUCUGAAUUGCAGGCUUUUAACAAAAUUCUCCCUAUUGGUAUUGAGAAAAUUGCAUAGUUAUAAGCUAUGGUUUGAAGUACCCUCUUUUUUUUUUUUUUAACUGGGGUCUUUUUUUAUGCCUAUGGGGUUAUAACUGUGCUGCGUUUUGUUAAUGAGAUUUGAAAUGAGAGUUCUCCCUGGCUGAAGCCUUCCAGUAAAUGAUUCAUUUUUAAUAAUGGUUGUUUUUUAAUAAAAAUUAAAAAUAAAAUCAAAAAUAUAAAUAUGAAAAACGA